GGACCACUCUGGGGCUGGUCUCCACCCGAGCCGCCUGCUCCCUCAGCUCCUGCCCCCGGCCUCCGCCACGGACUCACUACCGUCGGUUCCCUCGAGAUGUGGUGCGUCGAGGGAGUGACAUCGGUGCGGCUGGGGCUACUGCUGGUGGCCAUGCUCGCCUGCUUGUCGUACGCGGAGCGGCAGCAGUUCUGCGGCAAGGCCCUGCCCCAGAUGCUCAGCCUCGUCUGCAACGGCUGCUACAACACGCGCGACAAGAAGUACAUCCACUCCGCCAUCGACGACAGCUACUGGGCGUGGGCCAGCCUGCCCAAGACGGCGGUGGGCCGGCCGGACGGUCGGCAGGACGGCCGGCAGGACGGCGGCGAGGACCUGGAGGACGUGGAGGAGUCCGAGCACCAGCCGCCGUUCCGGGACCGCCUCCGCGCCGCCGACAUGAUCGGCGACACGUUCCGGCGCUUCACGCGCGGCGUGGCGGACGAGUGCUGCCACAAGCAGUGCAGCAUGGCGGAGGUGGUCAACUACUGCUGCGACAAGACGCGCCGCAGCUUCUGAGGCAAGGACGCCUUUCGCUCGGCGGACGCUCUAUCGACGGGACAACACCUGGCGUUUACUUCGCCUUUGUAGUCGUAUUUACUGUAAAAAAAUACUUAUACAUUCCUGUGGAGUGUCUUUUCUUCUUAUUUUGUAUUAUUUUGGCAAACACUGCGAAACAGUGACGACGGUUCCUAAAUGGCUGCUCUUUACUUAAUGCCGAUUCAUCACAUUGUUUUAAAAUUGGAAACGGGAUAAUUGACACAUUGCGCUCUUGAUCAUAUGAAAGAAAUAACUACUGUCCAAUCGAACAAAACGAAAUACACAGAUUGUGAACCGUC